GCGGCGCCGCUCGCCGACCCCCGCGCUCCCUCCGGGCGCCCCUCGCCGCCGGCCGGGGACGGGGCGGGGCGGGGGACGAGGUGUGCCCCCUCCGGAACCCGGCCUCUGUUGAAGAAACGGGCAGUGGUGACAGGCCAGGCGCGUAUUGGCCCCUGGGGAUGCAGGGUGUUCCCCGGAACAGCAGUAGGUGGACCGUCUCUUGCUGUAGUGCCACAUCGGAUCUUGCCCGCCCCUCCAAGACCAAUCGGUGAGGGGAGGCGAGACUUCGGUUCAGAAGUUAGUACAGCGUUCAAGUGGGCAGGGAACGCAGUUGAUGUUUUAAGUACAGAACUAACCCGGUGCUUACGUCCGGAGCUGUAAUUUGAAUAUCCUGCACUUCACUGCUGAACGAGGUUAGAUGAACGUGCAGCAACCGCAAGUGGAAUAGAAAAGAGAAGGGGCAGAAACGGAGCGCUUCGCUAACCUGUCGCAGCGAACACAGUCAAGAACAUAGCUAGCAGAGGUGUCUAGGUGAAGAGGAUGGAAAUGCACGUUUGAGGGGGAGGGAUCAUUUUUAUUCUUCAGAAGAUGUAAUUGUUUGGUUUGCUUUGUAUCCGAGGUUUAUGCUGUAAGCUGGCACCUUAAAACGUGUCAGUUUCAGAAAGGUUUUCAGGUUAGUGGGUUACACAAAAAUUGGUAGUUCUCUCUCGGAGCCUACACUCAGUGAAUCCUUAUGGGAAGAAUUUGCCCUUAAAUUCAGAUAGGAUACGCGACUCCCAAGUACAUUUUGACAAGAAAAUACUGUAAGGGCUUGCUUUACUUAGAAAUUGUGCAUCUUAAGGUUCUUGAUACUGAGAAGUUAAAAUCUGGUCAGCUAUUACCACUUGAUCAGUAUUGGGGAUGAACUGUUCUUAAAGUGGAUUCUCUGUUUCUGGGAAAACUUACUAUAAACAAGGCUAAGUAGUUACAGGAUGCCAGUGAGCUGAAGAAUUUUUCGAUUUCUUGAUUCCUGCUUCUGGUGGGUGCACUUGGCUGAUUCAGUCAUUUUUAAUACCUGCCUGAAAAACGGGAGGAAACAAAAUUUCCUUUUUUCAGAAUAUCCUUUAAAUUCUCCAGAGCACAUCAUGACUGUCAGCAGUUGUCUGAUCUUGGAGAGGUGGUUUCAUCUGUAGGGAUUUAAACAGCACAUGGUGAGUCCCUGGUAAAGACAAAUAGGACGUCAUGGGGCUGAAUUUGGUCUUACGGUCUAGGCUUGUCUCACCCGAUCACAGCAGUGGUGAAUGUGGGUAGCCACAAUCCCAGGUAUAUUGUAUAUUCUUGGGAGCGAGUGCUUCCACAGGUUCCUGUAGGUAUGUUGGUCUCCUACCUUUUUGGCUUUCCAGCCCUAUCGGUUAAAAAAAAAUUUUUUUUUUUUAGUAUGAGGUGUACUUAUAAACAGUGUGUGUACUAUUUUUUUGUAUAUUGUAAAUCCUACCAAAAGUAGAUUAAAAAGAUGAUGGUAAAGAGAAAUGAACAUACAUUUUCUCCAUACUCCAGUGGGCCCCUCAUGCACUCCCUGAGGGAUGUACCCUCCUUCAUGGACCCCGUGUUGGGUCAUGGAGCAAGCAGUGGCAACUAAAUAGAAACGCUGCUCAUUUAGGUGUGUAUUGACUUUGCUUUUACCCUGACAUCACAUACAGUAUAGAGUUGUCAGACCCUGGCAAGAACUUGAGGUUACUCACUGGAACACAUAACUGGGCUAAAUAGAAAAUAAAGGUUCUCAACUGAGAUGAAGCAAAGAGCAGACAAGAAAUGUUCAUUGUAUAGACUGGGCACUCGAAGUAGCAAGUGGAAUUGUAUUUUUAUUUUCCUGUACACCCCUCAGAAAGACAAGAACUUAGGGUAGGAAGACCAUAAUACCUUGCUAACACUAUUGAUUUAAUCAUGGUUAUUUUAAGAGAGUUCAAUUCUAGAGAAUCUCAUUUUUAUAUAGGACAUUUAUAAAAAUAAAUGUUUUCUCUUAGCCUCUGAGCCAGUAUUUGACAAAUAUUUCUCCAGCACCACCACUCUAUGGCUAACCCCACACAGGAUGCUGGGCAUAUGGAUAGGAAGACAGAGUCCUGCCUCUAGCUUAGUCUACAGGGAGCCACAUUAUAGAGCUGGAAUUGACAGAGAAACUGGGGGAACAAAUUGGAAAGCUGCACAAAGAAAAAUGAAAGCAUGACCAUUUAGGGGGUCGGUAGUGGUUUGAUAUUAUCGAGGUGUGAAGCAUAAGGGAGCAAGGGUUGGCGAGAGAUUGAAUACCUUCAAUUUGAUCCUGGGCACUGGAGCAGGUUUGAGUGCUCGAUUGCUCUGGAGGCAGUGGUUGGAGGGUGCACUGCUAAACCAGAGGGGAUGAGUGCCCCUGGGAGAUGAUGUCAGCUGAGGUAAUUCUGUGGUGUUAGGACAGAGAGGGAUGGUGGUUGUAAGUUCUUUGGGGAGUUGAGUGGGUAGAAUAGCUACCAGUGAUUGUACAGAUUGGGAGUAAGGGAGAAACAUCUAUGAAUAUUUUGGAGUGUAGACGCUCACUGAGGCAAUUUGAGUUAAGAAUUCAUUUUGGGGAGCAUGGGGAGGAAUGUUUGGUUGUACAUAGUGUGAAAAAAAAAAAGACAGGAGGAUUAGGAAAAUUCUUGACAAGUUUACCUUCCCAAAUGAAACUUGAGAAAAAUUUGUUUUACUCAUUCUAACUGUUGAGUGUUCAGUGUGUUACUGAUUUGAAUGAACACUACUUGAAUUAAGAAAUUUGAAUUUAAAAAAAUUUUACCCAAUCAGACCAUCUUUCUUAAGAUCCAUUGUUAUUUUGCAGCAUUGGCUCUCAGACCUCAGUGUCAGCAGAAUCACUUGGAGGUCUCUUUAAAACAAGAUUGCUCAGCCCUGUUCUUAGGGCUCCUGAUUCUUAUGUCCGGGACAGCCGGGGAAUUUGCAUUUCUGACAAGUUCCCCAACGAUGCUGCUGCUGCUGGUCCAGGGACCGUACUUUGAGAACUGCUCUUCAGAUUUUCUCCUGCUCCCUGCUUGAAUGAUUCACAUGCAAGGAAACGAGGCACCACCCUGCUUCCUGUAGAAUGAACUUUGGAAUAGUACUUGCCCACAUAAGGAGCCAGAUUUUCACUUAGGGUUGAAUAUCCAGAUUUGAAAUAAACUAAUUCUUUUUUUUUCCCCCCAUUGUAGGUGCUCAGUAAAUGUUUGUGGAAGGAACAAAAGCAUAAAUGACAGUGGAAACUGUAAAAGGUGUAACUUUGGAGGCAGCUGUUUUGCUUGUGUAAAAACAGAAUUGAUAAUCUGGAGUUAACACUUUUGGACCACUUGGCCCUUUGAUCCCCUUUACUUGGUUUAUUUUCCUUAAUGGAUAUUUUUUCACCUAAAACUUACUUUCUUGGCUUUGGUUGAGGAACUUAAAAAAAAAAUCACUUUUGAGUUCUUUUUAUCAUUUCCAAGUUUCCUUGCUUACAUUUUUACCAAUUUGAUAGUUACUCUUUGUUUUUCAAGCCAAAGGGCACAUUUUCAAAGUCCCCCCUACUAUGUUCAGCCUAGUACCUUAGCAAGAUGAAUCAGGAGGUAAAAGCUCUUCCCCAUUCCUGUAUCUUUGGAUACAGAAAUGGGCAUGGAACAUCACUGAAUUUGGAGCCUGUAUUAAAAGUUUUUAGUGAUUUGGGAAUAAAAAGCAGAGCAUAAGGGAGAAGAAGAGAGUUUUUAGUGACCGAAGUUCAUGGUAUAUUUUCAGAGUCAGAAGGCAUCUUACCAUUCUGCAUCCCUCAUUUGCAGUUGGGGAAAUCGAGGCCCAAAGAGGAGAAGGGAUGGGUCCAGAGCAAAACUGGGGAAGCCAGAGCCAAGACAAGAAUUGACCUGGUUCCUGCUCUGUACCUUUUGGAUCAUUGUUAUCUUUGAGCUGUCUGUAGAAAUUAGCUUUAAAGAUUAAAAACAUAAUUGGUGUAUGAAAAAUAAAAAAGUUAAAUAAGACGACCAUGAUCAUGAUAGUUGAGACAAUCCCAGGAGAAGUGUUAAAAAAGUGUUUAAAAGUCGACCAAAAUUCUUCUGCUCACUUUACACCAAAUAAGUAAGCAGUAAUGUAGAUGGCCGCUAACACUGUUAGUGCUAAGGUGGCCCAAAUUAAUACUGAGCUACCACUGUUUAACUGGAAGAAAAAAUAGGGAGCAUAGUAGAUUAUCCAGGAAAACUGUGGCAUGUCCAUUAUUGAAGAUAGGGUAGAUAUCCAUCCACGGUUUGGAAGGAAGCUUUCUCUUUUGCCUUAGUUUUGAAGUGAGAACAGUUGACCCACUUACUCAGGGCUGCAGGCAUGGGUUUGAAAACAAUGGAAAGUAAAGAUAAUACGGACUUUUGAAAAGGAAAGAUUUUUAAAAGCAGACCAGUGAACAGUGUUUAUACAAGGAGUGCCUGGCUAAAGGUUUGGGUGAAGCUACUGGUGUUUACUAUCUGAGCUUUUCCUAAGAACUGUGAGAUGUACUCAUUUGAGGCACUUCGUAAUUCUGGCUCCAGGUUUUUUCCACUGGUGUAGGUUUAGCAGUUUCGUGAAAAGAGAACAGGAUAGUUGCAUGGUUCGUAACACUGCCUUCUGGAUUUCCAAGAGUGCUGUUGUUUCUUGGUGGACAUGGCCCAUCCGCUGAGUCAGUUUGUCUUGAAGUGGCCUCAUGAUCGGAUAGGUAUGCUUUUGACACAUCUUGAGGCAAUUGUAGUGACCUAGUUGGAUUGCUAGUCAUCCAAGUAUGACUAGUUUCUGAAGCUGUGGCUUCAUUUCUUCGGGCAGCAGUGCAGGACGCUCGAGAGUUGGCAUUCUGGAACUCUGAGCCGUGUCUGCCGUGUCAGGUGGGUGCUGGCCCAGUCUCUCUGGCUGGCCUCAGCCCCAUUCUUGCUCUUCCUUGGGUGCAUCAGAAGGGCUUUUGUUUCUUUCCUUGUGGUUUCAGGUUGCCUAUGUUGAGAUGUGUUUUUAAAUUAUGUCAAGAAGGAAAAAAAACCCCACUGUUAGAAGCAGCAUGGUGGGAUGGGGCAGCACCCGGAGGUCCCAGAGCUCUGAAAUCUCUGAUCCAAGAAGCUAACUUAGGAAAUCUAUGUAAACUAUCUGUGAGGUCAUUAAAAACAAAACAAAAAACGGGCCCCGCCAAAGUCUUUUCAGAAUAUUCCAUAAAGAUGUACUCCAGGAGAAAAGUCUGAUCCUUGGUGACUCAGUCUCUGCAUAUCGGUGUAAGGAGCGUGCAGUGAUCCUGACGAGUCGUGGAGAUCGGGCACUCUGCCGCAGGAUUCUGUUCUGACGUGAGCCAACAAUCGAAACUUUGUCCCCCCCUUUCUUUGCAGGUGUUUCUUCUAUCAUAAUUGAACUCAGGUUUUCCGUGUUUCACCCAAACAGCUCAAAUUUCUCUCUGGCAGAUUGCCAAGUGCUAUUCGUUCCUCUGUGCUACCUAAUUAGCGGUAUUCUUUUGUUUUUCCUUCCAUUUUUGAUAACAAUCACAGACGGACAGCACCCUCAGGGAUUCAGGUGGACUGAAUUUGGCCUUAUGGUGCUCCUGUGCUAACAUACCUUUCUAAAUGAAACGAUUGAGACUUCUGAAACAUUGGAACAGUCGACAGUUGCUGUAGACUGUCAGCAUAAUCAAUUAACGUUGGCCUGCUGUUAGCUACAUGCGAGUUUUAUCUCAUUUGAUCUUGUCAUUUCAAACAUUUUAAUGCAAUUUAUUUUUUAACUAGGUGCAUGUGAAGAUUUCUUGGCAGCUUCGUGUGGAAACCAUUGAUCACCUUGCCCUCAUUUCUGCCUGUUCUGUGUCAGCAAGAGAGAGUGCCCAAAUGAGCAAGAUAGCCCCGCAGAACAGCACUCCGGGAAUAAGCGUUAUUCAGAGUCAGGCUCAUGCCAGCGGCUUACAGCAGGUUCCUCAGCUGGUGCCUGCCGGCCCCGGGGGAGGAGGCAAGGCCGUGCCUCCCAGCAAGCAAAGCAAAAAGAGUUCGCCCAUGGAUCGCAACAGCGACGAGUAUCGUCAGCGCAGAGAGAGGAACAACAUGGCUGUGAAAAAGAGCCGGUUGAAAAGCAAGCAGAAAGCACAGGAUACACUGCAGAGAGUGAAUCAGCUCAAGGAAGAGAACGAACGGUUGGAAGCCAAAAUUAAAUUGCUGACUAAGGAACUCAGUGUACUGAAAGAUCUGUUUCUGGAGCACGCACACAACCUCGCAGACAACGUGCAGCCCACUAGCACUGAAAAUACAACAGCGACUUCGGAUAAUGCGGGGCAGUAGACCUCACCCCUUCCACACGUCACAACUUGUGGCUCGAACGUUAAAGGUGUGAUUUCCUACACCACGCAGAUCGAUGGCCGGACAUUGUCUUGUUCCAUUAUUCAAAGAUCCACUGAAGGUUGUUUUCUAGGAUCAGCACUGAAGAGUUGAUUAGCUAAAAAUGUUAGCCAUGUAAUUUGAAUAUCUAGUUUUAAAUGGCAUGGAUUUUUUUGUGGGGAUAAAACAAAUUUUUUAAGGUAUAUGGUGGAAAAAAAAAAAAAAGCCCUGGACCUUGAUGUUCUUCACAAAUCCUCACAUCCCAAUAAAUGCUUCUUUUGUAGGUUGAUAAAAGGAGUGGGGAGCUGGCAGGGCCUGCAGGAGGGUCUUGGUUUUAUUGGAGAUGAUUAACUAGCCUACGAGAAGUUGAAUGCCAUCUGUGUUAAUCUGUUUGUGAUUUUUCCCCUAAAUUAUGUAUUAAAAAUCCUUAGGGCUAUAGAAAUCAAUCACUUUGUAAUUUGGAGUGAUUUUAUGUAUAACAGAAACCUUGUUUUAGCUGAAUUCGUACUGUUUUCCCCCAACAAGUCUAAGUUUUUGAGUAGCAGUGCCAGGUUAAGUAAAUUCCAUUGUGUUUUAAAGGCAGUAUACAGCCAGUUGGCUUAAAAAUACAAAUAAUUAGGAAGCAAAUGGGUUUCUUAAAGGAAAGCACAUUAGAAUUACUCUUUCAGGAUACCUUUGAGUUAUUGGAUUGGCAUUAUUUUGUUUUCUAACAACAAAAAACCCCCAAGAGUUUAGAGAAACUUGUGUACCACAGUUUUUGUUUCUGUACACGCUGUUCAAGUAAGUAAAUAUUUUUAAAAUAUCAUUUUGACAGCCAAGUUAGUAGACAAACGCCUUAACAGUUUGCUGAUUGGGGUUUAGGUGGUUUCUCCUGUGUCCAAAUAUCUGCAAAUGGGGCCAAGAUUUUUAAAGGUAAAAGUUUCUUGUGAAGGAUCAUUUGGCAUUUGAUCUUAACCAGGUGAUUAGAAAAAUACAUCAUCAACUCUAUGCCAUCUCCCAAAAUAAUAGUCUAAGAAAACUUGAAAGCGUAAAGUUUAAUCUUUAAUUUAUUUCUCUUAAAUACAUCUUUUUAUAUUGUUUUUUGUGACGUUUCUUUUUCUGGUUAGUGGGCUCUUCUAGACUUUUUGUACCACUGCUUCUGUUUGUUCAUUUGUAUGCUUUUGUGUCCCAUAAAUUAUUUUAGAAAGAAAAUACUGAUAAAACUCAGGAUAUUGACAUUUUUGUUGAGACUAAAAAUGGCAGUUGCUAAAGUCGGGGAUUGCUAGGGUCUGGUUUAUAUCAGUGUUGGUGGUUUUGAUUUUCCUUGCUGAUUUCCCUCCCUCCCUCCCUCCCUCCCUUCCUUCUUUUUUUAGCACAAUCCUAGCUCAGAUUUGUUGGCUUUUGUCUGUCUGUGUGUGUACAUGUGUGUGUGUCUGGGCUGCUCUUGACAAGGGACUGAGUCACAUCUGAUUAAAAAGUUUGUGUUACCAGGUAUCUUAUUUGAACAUGGUCGCUUAGUUUUUGGUCAUUUUGUUUCUAAUUAGGACCUGGAACAGCGUAACCAGGAUGUGACUCAAGUUGCACCCUGGGGUUGGUUCAAGAGUGCUGUCUGUGCUCUUCUGGGCAGGCGACAAUACCGCCAUGACCUGCAGCUCAGCAAAGCCUUGAGCCUCUUCCGCAUGUGACUGGAACCCAGUGUUGUUCCACGAGAGCCACUGUCCCAGGAGGGUUAGCUCCCCGCAGAGCCAGGAGACAGGAUCGAGGUUACAGUUCCAACACCGGUUUCCUUUGGGUGGAGUAUCAGUCUACUUCUAGGCUGAUAGAUGUUUUGACCGACUAGGAGGUAACCCACGCAAUCCUACUGAAACUUUAAUAGCUGAUUGAUGUUAUGUAAUUAACCUAAUUAGAGGUGCUUGAGGUCACUUGAAUCUUUAAGCGCCUAUAAAGGUGUUACAAUCUCGUUUAUUAAAAAAAAUGUCUUUCAGAAAUUGAUUUCCCUAUGGAAUUUAUAGUUUCCCAUUAUAUGAAUUGACUUAACUGUCUUGGAGAAGAAGCUUUAGGGAAAUCAUCAGGGGUGUGCACUUGAUAUUUCAAAUCCGAACAUAAGAUUGAAACUUUUGGAAAAAUUCAAGCUUUCCUGUUACUUCUGCAAAUCCGAACUGUAGCACAAGCAGUCAUGUGUGCAAAGAACAAAAAUGUUAACCGUUGUCUUGACUGUCUUACUGAAGUAAGUUUGGGAAUGAAAGUCUCUAGUUUGAUAGAUUUAUCAGUAUCAAAUUGAGGGAAACCAAGUAUGGGGAAUGAGUAAGUUUAGAGCUUUGGGAAUUGCAAGAUGCCUUUUGUAACUUCUAUAGGUUACAUAUGAGCCGUUAGGAUUUGAUCUGCCUUUGCCGGCAGGUCCAGUGCGUAGGAAUUAGGCUUUAGUGUAAAUGUCUAGCUGUAUCUGAGUCAUCCGAGGCGGGUGCCUUCCGGCUGGUGUGGGCAGCGGGUGGUGAGAUCAGAGCAGCUCUUCUGCUGUCAGGCCCCCUGCGGUGACUGGAAUGUGAGCUCAGAUACUUGGGACAUUGUUACUAGGAGGUAGUAAGACAGUAAUAAAAUACGACCAGCUGUUUGAAAUUUAGGUCACAAGUGUGAAAUUCUGAAAUUUACAUAAAAAAGUAGUAUGUGCAAUUUAAUAUUUGGUAUUAAAAGAAAUCAGCCUUUGAUUUUUCUUAGUCCCCAUUAGAGGGCAUGAAACUUUGUACCUGAACAACCCAGUUAGCACUCAGAGUGUUUUUUGAUGCCUUAGAAAUAGGAAGCAAUUUUUUGUUUGACAAAAGCUAGGGAGGAGAAAGUCCAUUCUAUAGCUGUUAGAGCUGCCUCUCAGGAAAAAGUCCUUACCUUGUUCUUUUUGUUCUUGGCGUUCCUCAGUUUGUGAGAUUACUCUAUUUUUUUAAAUAUAAUUUUAUUUCUUUCAAUGAAUUUGAAAUAAAAAACUUUGGAAUAAUGA